CUAUUUCUUCACCUGUAGAUAAAAUAUGGAUAAAUCCCCAGUGUGUUAAUAUUGUCUCACAUACUGAGCGUCAAACAUGGUUUCAGUACCCGGUUUUCUUGGACAUAUUGACCUGACAACACUUCUCGUAUUUGUGCUGGUGUUUCUGUUGGGUUUCUGUGUGAUUAAGACCCCAAGGUCCUCCAUUCCUGGACCAUUUGCCUUGCCGUUCAUCGGAAAUGCGUUGUUGUUCCUUCGCAUGGGCAAAAAGCGUCAUGUGGGAUUCAUGGAUUUACGUGAGAAAUAUGGAGAUGUGUUUCGUGUAUAUGUUGGUAAACAUCUGAUGGUCAUUAUCAGCGGAUAUGACAAUAUAUAUGAAGCCUUCGUUAAACAUGCAGCUCAGAUGAGUAACCGCCCGGAGUGGAUACUACCUUCAGACAAAACCAAGGAAGGAAUAAUUGAGCGGGGAGUACUUUUUUCGAGUGGCGACAUCUGGAGACGAAACCGUCGCUUUGUUUUGCAGACUAUGAGGGAUUUUGGUAUGGGGAAAACUUCCAUUGAUGACGUGAUUUUAGACGAAUCCAAACUGUUAUGUGCGGAUAUAGCCUCAACAAAGGGGCGGCCAAUAACAAAUUUGAAAAGCAUUCUUACCGCUUCAGUCAGUAACAUCAUACAUAGUAUGGUUUUCGGUUAUAGAUGUGCACAUGAUGACGAAGGGUUUCUUUCGGUAUUACAAGCCAUGGAUACUCUAGUCAAAGGUCCAGGACCGGUCUUGCAAGUAUUGCCCAAAUUCGUGCAAAACUUCAUCGCAACUGGUGUGAAUGAACGAAAUAAAGCAAGAGAAUUCAUUUUUGAAUACCUCAGAAAACAGAUACAGGAACAUGAAAAAACGAUCGAUGAAAACAACAUCAGAGAUCUACUGGACCAGAAGAUACUGUCUUUUUCAUGUAACGAAACAAUUCAGGAAAAAAGUAUACUACGUUUACCUGAUAAAGAUAUAGGGCUCAAGAUGGUUGUGACAGUUCGUCAUACGGUGCGGAUUGUAGUUGACCUGUUCAUUGCUGGAACAGAGACAACUGCCACAACGUUAGACUGGGCUCUUCUUUAUUUGAUCGAAUACUCUGAUGUGCAGGAAAAAUGUUUUCACGAAAUAGAGAAGGAGGUCGGCUUGAAUAGAGAAGUACAUAUGAGUGACAAACCCCGACUACCAUAUGUAGAGGCGACGAUAUUAGAAGUACAGCGACUAUCAAAUAUAUUGGAUAUGACAUUGCCCCAUGCGUCAACGGAGGAGGUAAUUAUAGCGGGCCACGUGAUACCAAAAGAUACAAUUGUGAUGGGACAUCUAAAAUCGGCUCAUAUGGAUCCCGCCCACUUUCCACAGCCUAAGGAGUUCAGACCUCAAAGGUUCAUAGAUGACGUCACAGGGAAGAUAACCAAUAAGGAUCGCCUUAUCCCUUUCUCCAUCGGACCCCGAGUUUGUGCUGGAGAGGCUCUUGCAAAAUCAGAACUCUUUCUAAUGUUCACUAAUUUGAUCCAGAAGUUCAAGUUCUCCAAGACGUCUGAAGAUGUUCUGAGUUUCGAUGGAUUUACCGGAGCUACAACUUCAACAGAACCGUUCACAUUGAAGGCAGAACCCCGAUUUUAAUCGACAUUUUAUCAACCGACAGAAGAAAAAGAACUCUAUUUUCUAAAAUAAAUGUAAUUAUGUAAGUGUUAGAAUGUAUACGAAUAAAAUUGACUGUUUAGAUGCAAAA